AUGGGUGCCUACAAAUACUUACAGGAGCUUUACAAGCAUAAGCAGUCUGACGCUAUUCGCUUCCUUCUCAGAGUCAGAUGCUGGGAAUACAGAAACCUGCCAGUGUGCCACCGUGCCACUCACCCAAGCCGUCCAGACAAGGCUAGACGCUUGGGAUACAAGGCCACUCAAGGUUUUGUUGUAUAUCGCAUCCGUGUCCGUCGCGGAGGCCGUAAGAGACAGGUUCCAGGUGGUCGCACCGGUGGUAAGCCAAAGACCCACGGUGUCAACGAGCUGAAGCCAAGCCGCAACUUGCGCUCUGUCGCUGAGGAGCGUGUCGCCCGCAGAUGCCCCAACCUGCGUGUGCUCAACUCGUACUGGGUCAACCAGGACUCCACCUACAAGUACUUCGAGGUUAUCUUGCUCGACCACUCCCACCAGUCGAUCCGCAACGACGCCCGCUACAACUGGAUCUGCAACCCAGUCCACAAGCACCGUGAGCUCCGUGGUCUCACCGCCGCCGGUGUCAAGGCCCGUGGUCUCAACAAGAAGGGAGGUCGUCAUGCCGCCAAGGCCAGACCAUCCGUCCGCGCCAACUACAAGAGAAGAAACACCCGUGUCUUCAGAAGAUACAGA